AUGACAAGUGAAGAGAAACGAUAUGAGAAAUCAGACUUUAACUGCGACAUUAAGUUCAUGAAAAACUGCAGCGAUAUCGAUCCAUUUGAUGAUGAUCCAGACACUUUGAGAGCUGAAUUAUCCUGCGGUCACAUUGUUGGCCCACAGACACUGACAGACUACUGCAGAAUACAGCUGGAUGCGGGUAAAGAUGAGUUAAGAUGCCCUUUGUGUAACCUACAAUGGUCUUACACUGAAGUCCGUAAAUUAGCCAAACUUACACCUGAAGAACAACAAUACUUUGAAGAAGUUCUUGCAAACAAUGCUAUCAGAAGGUUAUUAGAUAUCAAGAAUUGUCCUGGUUGUGGCUGGAUCAUCGAGAGAUCUGACUCAUCCAGUCUCUGUGUGCAGUGCACCGUUUGCUCUGUAAAUAAAGGCCAAAACUUUGAGUUCUGCUGGCAGUGUUUGAGAGAAUGGAAAGGUCAUCAGCCUCGCUCUGACAGAUGUGAUAAUGAAGACUGCAGCAACAGAGGUCUGGAUCUGCUGAAAAAUUGUGCAACUAUUACUUUAAAAGACGCUGAAGGUAUCGAAUGUCCAGCUGUUCGUGCUUGUCCAACAUGUGCUUUGCUGCUGAACCACAGCACAGAGAGAAGUAAAUACAUUGUGUGCUCUCGAUGCAAAAACGAGUUUUGUUUUGUCUGUCUCAAGCUCACACCAGACUGUCUGAAGACUAGUAGUUUCUACCAGCUCUGUUCAGAUGGUGUGGCUGUACGACAGACAUCUAUUCCAGUUUGGAGAGUUAACUAA